AUGGAGCGCUUCAUUCGAUCAAUACUAAGAACGACACCAAGCAGGGUCGCCCGUGCUGCCAUCAAUGGCACCGGCGCGUUCUGCGCCUGCGUCCUCGUCUGGGAACACCUCGUGACCGUACAACUCAGCGAAGGACCUUCGAUGUACCCAACUUUCAAUCCGCGCGGCGACUGGUUACUCAUUUCAAGAAUGCAUCGCAAUGGGAAAGGAAUUGAAGUUGGCGAUGUCGUGCGAUUUAACCACCCGACUUUCUUGGGCGUUCAUGGUGCGAAGCGGGUUCUUGGGAUGCCCGGGGAUUUUGUCUGUCGGGAUCAACCUUAUAGCACCGUGGCUGGUGGGCAACCAGAUAUGAUACAGGUCCCCGAGGGUCAUGUCUUUAUGGUUGGCGACAACCUUCCCUGGUCGCGAGAUUCGAGAACAUUUGGUCCGGUACCUUUAGGCCUCAUCAAUGGCAAAAUUGUCGCCAGGGUGUGGCCUCCCUCUAAGAUGGAAUGGGUGCGCAAUACUAUGAAACCCGCCGAGUUGGAUUAG